AUGGCACCAGAUAGACAUGUCAGUGAAGCACUGAGAAACUAUCUAUUUGCCAUACGGGGCAAUCCGCAAAGUGGUCUGGACCUCGCCACAAUCAACAUCAUGAGAGGAAGAGACCAUGGUGUACCGUCAUACACAGCACACAGGGAGCUAUGCGGUCUGGGCCAAGCGUUCUCGUUCAUCGAUUUAUCGAAUGAAAUGUCUUCUUCAACCAUCGAAGCUCUUAGUUCCGUAUAUGAGUCCGUAGAUGACAUUGACUUAUUCACUGGUAUUAUAUCCGAAAAGCCGAUAGCAGGAGCAGUGGUAGGUCCGACAGCGGCUUGUAUCAUAGCGGAGCAAUUCUCGAGAAUCAAAAAGUGCGACCGUUUUUACUACGAGAACGAUGGACCACAGCGAUUUUCACCAGAAAUACUCCAGUUCACUGUCAUGAUUUCCCACAAAUUGACUUCUCCAAGUGGUCUGAGAAAGCUCCGUUGCCGUGCAGUGACGGUCUACAAUUGCCAAGCGAUUGCUGACAAAUUCUCCUCCAAAGAAAUGAUGAAGAGCAUGAACAUUCACCUUGAAUCUGACAUAGAGUUGUCUUGUGUUCGACCGAUCGGAUUUCGAAGUUGGCCAGAAGAAUCAGUGCUGGCGCUUCCAGUCCUCAAACUGGCUGCAAGUGCUGCUGCGGCCGUCUUUGAUCCUUCGAUGACAUUCUAA